AUGAGUUUUAAAUAUUUGAAAUCGGUUAAUAAGAUUGUGUGUAUUGGUCGUAAUUAUGCCGCUCACAUAAAAGAAUUGAACAAUGCAAUUCCCAAACAUCCAUUCUUCUUCGAGAAACCAACAACUACGUUGAUUACACCAUUAUCUAGUGCAGAACAAUCAGCAAGUCAAGACCUUGCUACUUUUACUAAAUUGAGAGAAGAUGGAACCAAUCCAUCACCGAUCUAUAUUCCAAAAAAUGUCAACGUUCAUCAUGAGGUGGAAUUGGGUUUAGUGAUGAAGAAUACCAUUUCAAACAUAUCCGCUGAUAAGUUCGGACCCCAGGAUUUGCUGGAUAAUGUUGCAGGUUUUUGCUUAGCGUUUGAUCUUACUGGUAGAAAUGUUCAAGCGGAUGCUAAGAAGAAGGGACUUCCAUGGUUUUUUGCUAAAGGGUACGAUACUUUCUCUCCGGUGUCUCAAAUGUUGACACCUGAUGAAAUUCCUGGUUUUAAGGAAACCCCAUUGGAUCAGAUCCAUUCUAAAUUUCAAUUGAAAUGUUAUGUUAACCUUGAACUAAGACAAGAAGGUCACCUAGACUUGAUGUUGAACCCUAUGCAUAAGAUUGUAGGUCACAUAGCAGAAGCAGUAACUCUGCAGGCAGGUGACUUAGUAUUGACAGGAACCCCAGCUGGAGUUGGGCAACUAAAAAGCGGGGAUGUUAUUCGUGGACAACUGUUCUUUGGUGAUAACUUACUAGUAGAUAUGUCAUUUGACUGUCAAAACCGUCCUGGUAGUUACGAAUAUAAAUCCUCCUAG